UUCAGAUUCUUCUUCUCAAGUUUGUAGAGGAAGAAAGAAAAGAUAGAGAGAGAGAGAGAACAAAGAUGGGUGGUAAUGGAGAGAUGGUCUAAGAAGGGGUUUAAGAGAGGGUUUAGGUCUACCUACUGGUAGUUAGAAGAUUUGAACACCUUAACUACAACAACUACAACAGCAGCAGCAGCAGCAGUUGUGAUGGUAGUAGUAGUAAUAACCAAGGAAGAAAGAAACAACAACCAACAAAGAACAACAACAACAAUAACAGCAAAGAUUUUGAUUAAUUAAUUAAUUAAUUAAAGUUUGAUUUUGUUUGUUGAGUUUGAUUCAGGGUUCAUAGACAGAGAAAAGAACAGUUUCAUGGUGUGUCGAGUUUGAUUGUAAUUGUAAUCUCACGUGUGAAAGAAAAGAGAGAAGGAGAGAUUGAAAGGGAUGAGAUGAUGAUUAAUGGAUAGAGAGAGAUUUUAAUAUUAAAAACAUAAAAGGAGAUUGUUUUAUAAUUUUUUAAUUUGAGUGGAUUUCAAUGAAAGGAAAUUGUUGUUUUUGAUCUCGGGAUUGGUUUUUGUCUCUGUUUUGGGAGGUCUAUUUCACCCGAUCAUAUUUUUUCAAGUUCUUCUUUUGCUCCCCACAAUCCACACACUCUCUGGUUAUAUCUUUGAGUUGCUGGAGCAGCAGCAACAAAUAUUCACUGGCAAGUAAAAACUGGUAAUGGUUUGUAGUCCAAUUCAGAGUCCUCAACAGGAAAUUUCCAAGUUUGAGGAAGAAGAAACAUAAAUGGCUACUUAUUACCCACCAACAAGCAAUCAAAGAGACGUUGCUCCAAGCAUCUAUUUAAGAGAUCCCGCACCCAAUUCUUAUCCUGAAGCUCAAGGUCUUGCAGGAAACAUGAUGAUGUACAUGAAUUACUCUAAUUCUACAGGUUCCUACACGGAUCCUUUAACUGCAAAUUCUCAACCGCAGCAAAUGAAUCUCCAAUCUGUAGGAGCACAAGAACUAGGCUCUUCGCAGCAAGCGAUGUUAUCGGAUUUGUUAGGUUCACAAAACGGUGAGCAAGCUUACAAUUUGUGGAGGGAUGGCAGAAAUGAGAUGUUGUUCAUGCAGCCGAACGGUAGUCCUACGACUAUGCAGUCCAUUAAUGGCACAACAGAUAAUCUAGUCCGAAGCUCGGUUGCUGAGGAUUCUUCACAGAUUGGUUUGGGUUCACAAUUAGGAAUUUUAAACGGUGGACAGAAUUCGCAGAGUCAAGGAUUGUCUCUCAGCCUCAGCACACAUAUCCCAUCUGCCAUUCCAGUCCCUUCAUUUCAGUAUCGGCAGCCUAAUCCGGGUUUCACUUCAUUCCUGGCUUCUCAUCCUUCAGUUUCAGGUGGUGGCUCAAGAGAUGAUGAUCAUUCUCCGAACAAGCAAUUGCGUAACGCCGAGUACUUGCCACAAGGUUUCUCGAGUGGUCAUCAUGACAUGAUAAAAGGGGAAUCACUGAGUAAUCUUGUUUCUGUCGUUGGAUCCAAGCAGAUGCGUCCGGAUCAUUCUCCGUAUGUCAUGCCUGGAGUUACAAGCACCAUUUCUAACUCCAAGUACCUUAAAGUGACACAACAAUUGCUUGAUGAAGUUGUCAAUGUUCACAAGGCUCUGAAGCAACAUGAAGGUGCUCCAAAGGCAUCUAAAGAGACUGAUGAGCAAUUGAGGGAUGCUGAUGCGACCGGAAUGACUUCAGACCCUAAAGAGCCGAACACCUCAUCGGCUAAUGAUCUUUCACCUGCCGAAAGACAAGAAUUACAAAACAAGGUGACAAAGCUUCUGUCCAUGUUGGAUGAGGUCGACAGAAGAUACAAACAGUACUACCAUCAGAUGCAGAUUGUAGUUUCAUCUUUUGAUGUAAUAGCGGGGAGUGGAGCAGCAAAACCAUACACAGCAGUUGCCCUCCAGACCAUUUCACGCCACUUCCGCUGCUUACGUGAUGCAAUUAACGAUCAGAUUAAAGCCACCCGCAAAAGCCUUGGGGAGCCAGAUCCCCCAGGAAAUGGCAAAGCUGGUGGGAUAUCUCGCCUUCGUUUUGUGGACCAGCAGCUCAGGCAACAGAGGGCUCUUCAGCAGCUCGGUAUGAUGCAACAACAUGCUUGGAGGCCACAGAGAGGCCUCCCUGAAAGCUCUGUUUCGAUUCUUCGGGCUUGGCUGUUUGAACAUUUCCUUCAUCCUUACCCGAAGGAUUCUGACAAAAUCUUGCUAGCAAGGCAAACUGGGUUAACAAGAAGUCAGGUUUCAAACUGGUUUAUCAACGCAAGGGUGCGUCUCUGGAAACCCAUGGUAGAGGAGAUGUACAAAGAAGAGUUUGGUGAAGCAGAGUUGGACUCAAACUCUACAUCUGAAAAUAUCCUAAAAGCAGCACGAGACAAUGCAAAGGCGUCUGAAGAUAAUAGAAGGGAAGACUUGCAACAACUUGUCAAGUCUGCUACCAACGAAAGAUACAGUCCCAGACAUUUCCACGAUUCAAAGCCCGAUUUUAUUUCUGACAUUGAAAUGUCAGGGCCUACAGCCGGAGUCUCAUUUCAAAAUAGACCUCAUGAAGCCGAAGGUACAGUUUACGGGGGAAUGAAAAUGAAUAAUGGACAAAGGACCCAUGCAGAUGAUUGUAGUUUACUCCAGGAUGCAUUUGUGCAGUCAGAGGGAAACGACAGCGGAAGGUAUAUGACAGCUGCCAAUGCAGCAUACCAAAUGGCAGAAUUGACAAGGUACGGCAAUGGUAGUGGGGUGUCACUUACAUUAGGUUUGCAACACUGCGAUAAUGGUGCACUAUCUAUGUCUGGUGGUACACAUCAGAAUUUCAUUAUGAGAGCGGACGAUAUGUACAAUGUAGCAGCUGUUUCUUCCCUUGGGUCCGAGGCAGCAGAUUACGAUUGUAUGGAGCCAGGAGACCGACGUAACAGGUUCAGUUCCUCUCAUAUGUUGCAUGAUUUUGUAGCCUAGUAGUUUCAUAAGGAUGACAGUUGAAGCUCUUCUUGAGAGAGAAAGAAGAAGAAGGAAAAAUAACAUCAUGUGCCUUAUCUUGGGCUAUUUGAUAUAUCGGCAUCUUCAUAACUUGAAACACAAAGUAUGAAUGGUGCCCUCUCUCUUUAUAUAUAUGGAUAUAUAUGUUAUGAAAACAGUAGCUGUAAUAUAUAGCAAAAGAUUGGUGGGGGGAAAUUAGCAAUAUUUGUAAAGAUUAGGAUACACUAUUAUUUUUUGUGUAAUUUGUUGAAGAUGGGACAACUUGUAAAAUACUUAAAACAGAAAAUAAUUGUGGUAUUGAAGAUAAAAGGUAAUCAUCAUCAAUAUGAUUUUUGCUGCUAGUAAAA